CCAUCAAUGCUCUAUUCACCCGUUUUUCUUUCCCUCAAUUUGACCUCCAACCAAGUAAUAACACGUGUCAUUACAUCCAUCUGGCAAACGGUGGAUGCGAUGCCGUUAUCCUUAAACUACCAAAAAGUAGGUGGGUGUAAGGGAAAGUGAAAUUCCUCCUUCCCAACUAUUAUAUCUUACCGAAUCCCUACUAUAACCCUAAUAUAACCCUAAGAAGAGCGAAGCAAUCGCUGCCGCCGUCGCCGGAGCAGAAGAAGAUGGGCUCUGACCCUUCGCCGCGUUACUUCUGGGGCGAGUCCCCCGAACCCGACGAGUAUUACGCCUCCCAAAAUGUACGAAACCAGCAAUCCUACUUCUCCACUCCUCACGGCCGCCUCUUCACCCAAUCCUUCUUCCCCAUCGACCCCUCAUCGGGCGAACUUGUCCCUGUCAAGGCGUCCGUCUUUAUGACCCACGGAUACGCCUCCGAUUCGGCCUGGCUCUUCCAAAAAAUAGCCAUCUCCUUCGCUCAAUGGGGCUACGCCGUCUUCUGCGCUGAUCUCCUGGGACACGGCCGAUCCGACGGCUUACGAUGCUACCUUGGAGAUCUCGACUCAGUCGCGGCUGCGCCCCUCUCCUUCUUCUCCUCCGUCCGCCGGCGACCGGAUUUCUCUUCACUUCCCGCCUUCCUCUUCGGCGAAUCCAUGGGCGGCCUGGUAACCCUCUUAAUCUAUUUCAAGUCUAUCGAUGCCGAUUUAUGGUCCGGCAUCAUCCUGUCCGCUCCCCUCAUCCAGAUCCCAGAAGAAAUGCAACCAUCUCGGAUCCGUCUCUUCAUGUUCGGCCUCCUGUUUGGGCUUGCCGACACAUGGGAGGCGAUGCCGGAGAAGAAUAUGGUAGGGAAAGCGAUUAAGGAUCCUGAUCGGCUGCGGGUUAUUGCGGCGAAUCCGAGGAGGUAUAGAGGGAAGCCGAGGGUGGGGACGAUGAGGGAACUUUUGAGGGUGACGGAGAUGGUGCAGAGGAGGCUUGGGGAGAUCAGGGCUCCGUUUCUGGCGGUGCAUGGGACAGAUGAUGGAGUGACGGCGCCGGAUGGGACGAAGAAGUUGUAUGAGAAGGCGGCUAGUGAGGAUAAGGAGAUGUUGAUUUAUGAGGGGAUGUAUCAUUCUUUGAUACAGGGGGAGCCGGAGGAGAAUAGUGCAAGGGUUCUUCGGGAUAUGCGGGGGUGGAUUGAGGAGAGAACCCGGCGGUACGGCGGCGGUGCCGCCGGAGUUGUACCCAGCGGUCAGAUGGAGGGGAACGGCGACAUAAUUGACGGGGAAUAAUAUGUGAACAUGAGGCAUUGACCUUGAUGAAGGGCAACGUGUUUGCGAUUAUAUGUAAGCAUUUUAUUUUUUUUUGGUUGUGGAGGCCCCAUUUAAAAUUCUGGAUCGUUUAUUUUCGAGAGGUUGAGUGUGCAAAUAUAAUUCUCACACGUAUUUAUUUGAAUAAAAAUCUUUAAGGUGGAACUGAAACUAAAAA